UAUUGAGAUCCAGAAGACCCCGAAGCACCGAGCGAACUUCAAACUACUUCCCCUGCCUAAGACAAAUUGCUCAUAAGCAGAUUGUAGAUGGAGGAAUCCAACUGUAGCAUUCAAGUGAAUGGCAUGCAAUUUGCAUAUGAGAUUCAAACCCCUCUCUUUUUCGAUUUAACCAUCAACAUAUCUCCUGGAUCUCGUUGUCUCCUUGUCGGAUCCAACGGCUCCGGGAAGACGACUCUACUGAAGAUACUGGCUGGAAAACAUAUGGUUGGGGGAAGGGAUGUGGUGCGGGUGCUGAAUUUAUCAGCUUUUCACGAUACCAAUCUUGUUUGCAGCGGCGACUUGGCCUAUCUGGGAGAUUCCUGGAGUAAAAAUGUUGGUUCUGCUGGAGAAAUACCACUUCAGGGAGACUUCUCAGCAGAGCAUAUGAUAUUUGGAGUGGAAGGGGUAGACCCUGUUAGGCGAGAGAAGUUGAUCGAACUACUAGAUAUUGAUCUGCAUUGGAGGAUGCAUAAGGUUUCUGAUGGUCAACGGCGUCGGGUCCAAAUCUGCAUGGGUCUCCUUCACCCUUUCAAGGUUCUUUUACUGGAUGAGGUUACUGUUGACCUGGAUGUUGUUGCAAGGAUGGACUUGCUAGAUUUUUUUAGGGAAGAAUGCGAGCAGAGAGGAGCAACAAUUGUUUAUGCAACGCACAUAUUUGAUGGAUUGGAGACAUGGGCAACAGAUAUUGUAUACAUUCAAGAAGGUAUUUUGAAGAGGCAUGAGAAGUUAUCUGACCUUUCAGAACUAAAGGCUUCCCCAAAUUUACUGUCAGUUGUGGAGUCUUGGCUUCGAUCUGAAACCAAGGUUGAGAAGAAAAAACACAUUACUGCUCAAAGUCCAGUCCGGAAGUCCUCGCCAUUUGAUGCUUCUCCUUUUAGAUCGUCCAGACACAUGGCAUACUAUAGGUGAUCUUAUCUCCUGGAAGGAAUCUAAUUUCUUUUCAUAAUUAUGAUAUACGAGACAGUAAAAUAGGUGAUAGAUAAAUUGCCUAACUCAAGUCUCAAAGCUAUUGACAUUCUCCAAGUCCAAGGAUUGGGAUUCAUACAAGAGUAGCAUGGCAACACUCUUUCUUGUGAGGUUAAAGGUGCAGAGCAAACUGCAUACGCCUCCUCUUAAUAAGAAAUUCUCUCUCUGGGUCAGAUUAGUGAUGAAUCUGCAACUAGUGGCAUUGUAAGUCUACUGCAGUUAAAAGACUGGAUUCUUUCUUUCUUCCUUUUUUUCCUUUUUUUUCCCGUACAUUGGUGUGGUGGGAUUGGGAUCGAGAAAGAUCAGAUUCCUAUUCCACAAUGUAAUAUGUCAUGGGGCUAAAUCUUAUCCUAGAGGCUCAGUUGCCCACAUUUUUUUUUGUAAAGUGCCUCUUUCUAUUGAUGUACUCAGCAGAGCAUGAUCAUCAAUUUGUAGCGUGAUGUGAAUAUGACUAGCAAGUGCUAUUAGAAACAUUA